CCCCUCCCCCGAGAAAUGCAACUCUGCAUAGGUUCUCGCCAAUUGGAACUGUAUAUAUGUAAAUUGUUUAAAAUUAGCCAUUUUUCUACGAAACAAAUGAUUAAAUAAUGCAGUUUUCUGCACACUGAAUGCCAAAUAUAACAAACAGACUGCAAGCCGUGACAAGUGAUUUGAUUAGAGCAACGAGAAACACUAGACUUAUAAACAAGAAAACGCAGUGCCAAAACAAAGGGGGGCCAUAGAACCCAAACCCAAACGCAAAUCUUUAAACUCGGUCCGUGACCUGCCGAAGAGCGAGUGAGAACGGCAAUAAACAUGGGUAACGCCAGCUCCACCGUGCACAUGCAACGCGAGCGUCAUAAGUCUACCGACUUGUCCACGCCGAGCUCUCCCGCACAUUUCCGCGAUUCGGUUGUUGGUGGAGGAGCUGGAGUAGUUGGUUCGGGAGGGGGAGCGGUACAGGGUGGCAGUGCUGGCGCAGCAGCAUUGGGUGGGGCAACGGGGGCGGCGGGAGGUGGAGGUGUCGGAGGCCAAGCUUUCUCGUUCGACAAAAAACAUACGGCAGUCUUGAACGAGGGUUCGUCGCAAGAAGACGACGACCCGUACUACACGGGAACUGGAACUGGAUCAACUAGACGCGGCACCACCGACGACUCGGCAUCAGCUGUUCCGCGAGAACAGUCCAGCAUGGAUAACAACGAGGAGGAAGAGACAGGAACGGAGCCAGCGACGGGAUCACAGUUACUCGGCGAAGAGGAUGACAUCCGAAAGACUGCUCUGCCUACCGUACUCCGGUGGGAUGGCGGCGGCAAGAAUGUUACCAUCUCGGGCACCUUUUCGAACUGGAAACCAAUCACAAUGGUCAGGAGUCACCAGAACUUUGUGACCAUAAUCGAUCUGCCGGAAGGCGACCAUCAGUACAAAUUCUGCGUGGACGGCGAAUGGAAGCACGAUCCCAAGCUGAAAAGCGUUGAGAACGACGAGGGACAAAGAAAUAAUCUGGUGUCCGUGCGAGAAUCCGAUUUCGAAGUGUUCCAGGCCCUGGCCAAAGACAGCGAGAACGUGACAAACUACGCGGAGAAAGAGUACUCUCAGGAGGUGCCCCAGGCUAAGCCCUGGGAGAAGGUAUCAGGUCCACCGGUUCUGCCGCCUCACUUGCUGCAGGUCAUCCUGAACAAGGAUACACCGCUCUCUUGCGAACCCACUCUGCUGCCAGAACCAAACCAUGUGAUGCUGAACCACUUGUACGCACUGUCCAUCAAGGAUGGCGUCAUGGUCCUGAGUGCCACACAUCGUUAUCGCAAGAAGUACGUGACCACACUGCUGUACAAGCCUAUUUAGGCAACUCGCAAUUGGUAUUUUAGCUGUAGGAACCUGGUUUUUAUGUGUGGGUAAUCCCGGAGCCCUUUAAACGAUUCGUGGAAUACCCCAAGCCCAACAUACGUCUCGCUUGUCAAAUUUACCUUAUAAUGCAGUGAAAGUGUUUUUAUUUUUCUCUUUAUUAAGCGUUGUAUUUUUAUUAGUUAUAAAUAUAUACGGAACUUGUAAAAAUAUAUAAGAUUAUUGCAUUGUGUCA